AGGCAAUAAAAGAAUUGAUAAGAUAUUAGCAAUAAAGAAGAACAGAAAAGAAGAUUUUAUAAUAGGACGAGAAAGUGGAAGAAGAAGAAGAAUAGUGUUGUUGAAGAGGUUUUCUUAUAUGCUAAGGAGACCACAAAACCAUUGCGUUUGCGUUGCAAGGUUUUUCUGGGUAUCGUAUCGAUGAAUACGACGCCGUUUAUGGACAAGCAGAUAAUGGAUCUCACUCACGGAUCUACGACGCAGAGUAAGGAAUUCAUCGACCUCAUGAAACCCCAACAAGACGACCAAGAAGAAGAACACCAACAUCAUCGUCAUCUCCAAGAAGACGAGGAUGAAGCGCGUGGCAAUGGGAUCAGCAAAGAUGACAUCGUUCCCAGUUACGAUUUCCAACCGAUUCGCCCACUCUCCGCUUCCAAUUACGAUUCUGCCCCCAAUUUCGCUGCUGCAUUUUCUCGCGCUUGGAACUCCGAUUCUAACUCCAAUUCUUCUCCUCCCAUUGUUAAAAACUAUGGUUCUCUGGAUUCUAUUGAACCUGCAAAGGUCAUUGUAGAAAAGGACCGGAAUGCUUUUGAUGCUACAAUGUUGUCUGAGAUUGAUCGCACCAUGAAGAACCAUAUGGAAACUAUGCUUCAUGUUCUGGAAGGUGUUAGUGCACGGUUAACACAACUAGAAACCAGAACCCACCAUCUUGAAAAUUCUGUGGAUGAUUUGAAGGUAUCUGUUGGAAAUAACCAUGGUAGCACUGAUGGAAAAUUGAGGCAGCUGGAGAAUAUUCUUCAAGAGGUGCAAUCAGGGGUGCAGACCAUCAAGGACAAGCAAGAUAUAGUGCAAGCUCAGCUGCAACUGGCAAAGCUACAAGUGUCCAAGACGGAACAGCAAUCAGAAAUGCAAACUAGUGUAAUUACAGAGUCGACGCAGCAAGCUGCAUCUGCUCCCCUGCAAUCUCAACAACAGGUUCCUGCUCCAGCUAAUCUUCCACAAUCAAUUCCUGUUGUUCCUCCCCCUAAUGCACCCCCACAACCCCCUCCACAACAAGGUUUGCCACCGCCAGUUCAACCUCCAAAUCAAUUCCCUCAGAACCAAAUCCUAGCUGCUCAUCAGAGAGAUCAAUACUUCCCACCACCCGUUCCAUCUCAGGAAACCCCAAAUCAGCAAUACCAACUGCCCUUAGCUCAACAGCCACAUCCUCAGCCCGGGGCACCCCCCCAUCAACAACAAUAUCAGCAAACCCCUCAUCCCCAGUACCCUCAGCCAGCUCCUCAUCUACCUCAACAGCAGCCAUCACUUCCCCCCAUGAAUCCGCCUCAACUACCACCCUCUUCACUGGGUCACCAUGUGGAGGAACCACCUUAUGUUCCUCCUCAGAAUUAUCCUCCCAAUGCUCGUCAGCCACCAUCCCAGUCACCCAGUGGCCCUCCUCCUUCCCAACCGUUUUAUGGCACACCACCCCACACCUAUGAACAACCAUCGAGCAGAUCCGGUUCAGGUUAUUCUUCUGGAUAUGGUACAUUAUCUGCCCCCGCAGAGCCAUAUCGAUAUGGUGGACCACCUCAGUAUGGUGGCUCUUCGGCGCUAAAACCACAACAACUACCUACUGCUUCAGUGGCUCCAAGUGGUGGAAGUGGUUACCCUCAACUCCCAACUGCUCGGGUGCUCCCACAAGCAAUACCUACUGCAUCUGCAGUGAGUGGUGGCUCAGGUUCUGCGGGAACUGGAAGCAGGGUUUCUAUUGACGAUGUAGUUGACAAAGUUGCUACUAUGGGAUUCCCUAGAGACCAUGUGAGGGCAACAGUUCGGAAACUGACAGAGAACGGUCAAUCAGUUGACCUAAAUGCAGUGCUGGAUAAGCUUAUGAAUGAUAGUGAAAUCCAACCACCAGCACGAGGUUGGUUUGGUAGGUAGCACGACAUGGUUAACUGAGCUAUGUAUAGAAGAAUCACUUGUUCCAUGAUCAAGGUUUAUGAGGAAUGGAGGCUUUGUGGUUGGUUGGAUUUUGCCAAAUUGGAUAUUUUGAGUCUUCUUUGUUUUACCCUCUAUUCUUGUUUCUUGGGAAGUUGAAACUGGUUUGCUUUCUUGUUUGGCUCCUAUUUGUGACUAUCUUGAUCUUGUUCUGUAUAUUCACAAUAAAUAGAAGUGGAUUUCGAAAAUUACUUUCAACAGCUCAAGUUCUGGCAUGAUUCUUUAUACACGUUUUGUAAUGGUUAAUCUAUUCGUGAUAUAAGAUGGCAUGCCAUGAUUUUUAAGACAAGGAAGUCCUAAGGAAGUUAAAUGGCAGUGAUAUAUUUUUGCUU